UACACAUUAUUCACAUCAGCAACUUCCACUCUUCUUCUUCUCUUCAAUCAUUCUCUCUCUCUCUUUCCCUCUUAUACACAUCAACACAACACGAAGACAUCUCUCAUUAAUGGAAGUUUCAACAUCAUCCAUGUCUUCAAAACCAGAACAAAUGCAAAACCCACCUCCUAUGAUCUCAUCUCCUAGGUUUCAGCCUCAGAUAAUAUCUCCUCAUCAUCAUGACCAGCAUCAACAUCUCUCAAAUCCUUAUCCAACAACAUUUGUUCAAGCAGACACUUCUACUUUCAAACAAGUCGUUCAGAUGCUUACCGGCUCAUCCACCGAUACCACCACCGGAAAACACCACGAAGCUCCUUCUCCGGUGAACAACAACAACAAGGGAUCAAGUUUCUCGAUUCCACCCAUCAAGAAAACCAACAGCUUCAAGCUUUACGAGAGAAGACAAAACAACAACAACAUGUUCGCUAAGAAUGACCUAAUGAUCAAUACGUUAAGGCUUCAAAACUCUCAGAGAUUGAUGUUCACAGGAGGAAACAGCAGUCAUCAUCAAAGCCCGAGAUUCUCUCCAAGAAACAGUUCAUCAUCAGAAAAUAUUCUUCUGUCUCCAAGCAUGCUGGAUUUUCCGAAGCUAGGGCUAAACAGUCCCGUGACGCCACUGAGAAGCAACGAUGACCCCUUCAACAAGUCAUCACCUUUGUCAUUAGGGAACUCAUCGGAAGAAGACAAAGCCAUUGCUGAUAAGGGCUUUUAUCUUCAUCCAUCUCCAGUCUCAACUCCUAGAGACUCUCAGCCACUGCUUCUUCCUCUUUUUCCGGUUGCUUCUCCGGCGAGGAACUCUUAAUCCCGACGAUAUCCAUGAGUGAUUUUAUACAUGAUAUUAAAUUAUAUCUAUCUCCGGAUUUUGUUUAGCUAUAACUAAGAUAUCUAUAAGUUUGAUCAUAGUUAUGGAGUGACUGUAAAUUUUGUGCGGUUUUUUUCACUUUCAAUCUCAAAAAUUAAUUGCAAUAUAUGUAAUUGGGAGGCAUAAGUAUAUAUAUUCAUGAUGAUACUCAUAUUUAUAAUACUCAUUGUCCUUUUUGUUUUUCCAAAAGUUCGUUUAUAGUUUUGCUCUUACGAUUGUUACUUCAACGUGUGCCACUCAAUAUCGAGAUCAAU